AUGCUGCAACCCAGGUUCCUGACGACCCUCCGGGCGCUGGAGCGGGCAUUCACCCAACCCAUCCGAUCGACUCAAAGUCUCUACCAGCCACAAUCUCUCCUUACACGGCUCUCCGCAAACCUCACCCUCCCGAAAACCACUCCCACACCCUCCCUCCUCUCAUUCACCCAAGUGCGUUACGCCUCCCACGCCUCACAGGGAACAGCCAACCGACACUCACGCGAUCCCGCGGGAAAGCGUCUCGGCGCGAAGCGGUCCGGCGGCGAAUACGUCGUACCCGGCUGCAUCAUCUUCAAACAGCGCGGAUCGAAAUGGUUUCCCGGUGAGAACUGCGCUAUGGGUCGCGACCACACUAUCUACGCUACCCAGGCCGGUUAUGUUCGGUACUACCUGGAUCCUCUCCAGCAUCCUGAUCGGAAGUACAUUGGAGUUGUCUUUGACAAGGAGGAGAAGCUUCCGCAUCCGCGUAACGCGCCGAGCCGGCGCAGAUUGAACAUGGUUGGAACUCCACGGGUGGAGCCUGUUGCUCAGCAGUCGGAUUUGGUUGUUUCGGUUGAUGAGAAUGGAACCCAGGUUGGAUCUGUGGAGGCCGCUGAUGCCGCGUCUGGCCUGCAACUUCGUCCGGGAUAUAUGUACCGUGAGGCCAAUUGGGUUAUUGGUCGUGCUGCUGAGCAGGCUGGAGUCUUUGCUAAGCCGUAUGAUAACCGAAACCGGUGGCUUGCCUGGAGAAAGCGCCAGGCUCGUGCUGAGCGGGCAGCCCAGAUGAAGAGUUUGAAGGGUGGUAAGAAGGCAGCCAAAAAGGCGGCCAAAUAA